UAUUAGCUGAAUAUUUAUAAGCACUGGAAUACUUGGUCCGCUGCAAUGAGUGAAUUAGCAGAAACAAGCGUGAAUGUGUCAGAUUAUGUCUCUAAUAUUGGUGUAAAAAGUGAUCAUGAACUGACCUUGGAUCUGUCAGGAGAAAGUUCCUGUUGGCAAGUGGGUGGAGACUCUGCAAACAGAGCUGCAGCCCAACAAGAAGACUCUGACAGUCAGGCGUGUAGCCAGCCCCCGUCUGACGACAGUGUUGAGUCGGGGGCUUCAAGCUUUAUGAAGGAAGACGAGGAGGAGAAGGAAGGGCUUGCCUCAGGGGGCUCGGAUGACGAGCCCCUCAGCUACGAUCAGUACCUGCAACUCCUUCAAAAUCUCACAGAAGAUGUCGACGGCAUCAACAUUCAACCAGAUUUCUACGAGAACCCAGACGAGGAGAAUUUGGACGAGAACCUGAACGACAUGAAGCGGCAGCAGGCGGCUGAACUGGAGAGGAUCGAGCAGUUGAGCGCCUCCCAGUCAUUGCUCCAGCAGAAGCUGGAGGAGGUGGAACGGGAGUGGCAGUUGUUCAUGACUCAAAUCCAUGACGUAGCUUUCGAGGUGGCCAGCAGGCGUCAGGGGAAAAAGACAGAAGAAAGCUCUUCCUCUCAGCUAACAGAGCAGGAGUUAGAGGCCCAUCUGAACCAGCUGUGCAGCAGGAACACCAGGCUAGACACCAGCAUUGACCUCCUCGAGACCUACAUCCAGGAAGAACAGAAGCGGAUGAAAGUUUCCAGUUUCAUGGAAAAAAAACAAGAGUUGGCUGACACCUCACAACCUGAGCACAAAGAUGGAGACGACUCUGCUGGGGGCGAAGCCGAACGAGACCAAAAAGGAGGUUCAGACCAAGAACCCGAGCUUAUAAACAGCAGAGGCACAUCUGUGAUGCAGGAACACGAUCAGUGAAUGAUAUAGCGUGUGUGAGCGUGUGAUCACCAGGCGCCUCUCUCCGCCACCCUACAUACCACGGCUGCGUCUGGCAGCGGUGCCCUCUGACCCUGGCUUGCCAGGAUGAGUGAGAGUGUGUCAUAGGAGGAAAGCAGAGGAUAAAGGACACCAACACACUCAUAUUUAGAGAACGAAACUGCUAAGGCAUGCUUUUUUGAA